CAAAGGGGGGCACUUCAAUGGUGUCGAUUUUGAAUUUACUGAUAACAUGUUUGGAGGAAAUGUGGUGUCUGUAAUUGGUAGAUGGUUUAUCCAGUUUACUGUUAUGUCUGCAAAGUCUUUCGAAGCAGUGGGAUAUGAUGCCGGCAUGCAUGUAAACAUCUUUCAGAUCGAAUAAGCAGUGUCAAAGUUGGUUGGGUUUAUAUUUCCUCUCCUGAACUAUUGAAGCACUGUGACUUUAUAUCCAUUUUUGUCUGUGUGGGUUUUGGCAUGCUUUUACAAAAUGUCUUCAACUCUUCUUUCCAACAGACUCGGCUGACGACAAGAUCCUUGGCCUUGACCUUUGGAUGUUAGUGGCCAUAGCUGUUGGCGCCUUACUGCUACUGCUGUUGCUGUCGUUGUUAAUUUGUUGUUGUUGCCGGUGGUGUUGUUUCGAGGAAGCAGCUGUUGGGGCUAAGACGAGAGGCGAGGAGAGAGUUUUCGACAAAAGGAAAAUGGACGGUGUUUUUAUGGAAAGGGAUGGAAGGAAAGACGAUGUCAGUAGAAAACAAAGAACAAAGAGCGUGGUAUCCAUGGAGUCCUUGGAUGGAUAUAGAGUUAAUGAGGUCAAACCUCGUGCGAUGCGCCUGGUCAGUGUUGACAGCCAUCAUUCUUUGGACGCAGUCCCGAUACUGAUACCGUCGUCUGCAGGGAGACAUUCAACACGUCAUACCACGCCAAUGGCUAAGGUCACCGGAACUCAGUAUGAACGAAUCCAUACCACACCGAUGGCUAGGAAUGCUGGGACACAGUACGAGGACGUAGCGGAGCGUGUCAUCUACCCCUCGCCCAAGUCCAAGACCUUCGGUACACAGUAUGAAUGUAUCGAGGAGGAAAUGCCAACUAAAGACAUUGGAACCAUAACGGACAGGCGCGGCUCACUAACACCUAGUGUGUCCCAAUUUUCGUCAAAAAUGUCGUCUGCAAGAACGCCACGCACACUCAGAGCCGUUGCGCCGAUGCAAAUAAAUCCAGAAGUAUUGACUCCGAUAGUUAUGACAACAAAGGAUGCAUCCACUUCCGCUAUGAGUAGUCCAGAGCGAAGAUUUAAAUCGGCAAAUGUUCAAACGGAUUUAAGUGUGUUAAAGCCGCCAAGUCCACUUCCAAAAAGUUACUCUACUCAGUCAAAAUCUAUUGGACAUCCGUCGACAAUUUUACCCAAUGAUGUUGAAGCUGAAAUAGACAUAUUUCCACAGCGUUCCUUAACUUCGACUGCUAAAUCGGUAGAUGUCAACAGUGUAAAUAUUCCUCCAACAGCAGCAAGUGACCACAGGGUGCCUUUUAGUGACAUCGCUAGUUGUCCCACAGCUGUCCCUCUCCGACCACAAGACAUUCCACGGACUCGUGAUCACUCCUAUCUACGAUAUCCAUCUAAAGCUGCCAGUCACCCAAUCACACUUUGGGACAUUCCACUGAAAAGUUACCCGGAUAGCAUAACGUACCCCAGCAAAGAUAGCUCGGGCGAUGUCACUCCUCCGAUAAAUCGUAUCGAGUACAACAUGAUAUAUGACAAUCGUGUAAACAACACAGACAAUACCUACAUCCACAACUUUCUUGAGGAUGCCAAGAAAAUGGCGCGAAAACCCAAAGUCUCGCGACCGCCGAGACUUGCUGCAAUACCGGGCAAUGUGGAAUCUCCUGUAGGUAUGUAUGAUCCAUUCCCGGAGAAAAGCGAUGCGCAUGACAUUAUAAAACCUGGACUUGAAAAACAGACGACAUUUAAUAAUAUUCCUGCUGUGAAAGGUCCAGAAGUUCGAGCCAUUUUGUAUGAACCUCAUCAUAGGAAGGAUUCAACGGAUUGUUAGACUUAAUUAUCCCGUAACUUUGCCUGUUUCGAAACUGAUAUGUCACGUGAUAAAAUUCGUUUAAGUGUGUUAUUGUUUUUGUUUACCCACCGUGGUGUGUUACCACUUUCAAAGCCUAGGAUUGAUCAUUUCUGACCACAGGCCUUGACC